UGUCUAUGACUGAUGGUGAUCCUGCAGCAUCUUGCAGGCAUCGUUGAAUAUUAUAUUAAAUAUUUCAAUAAUUAUGAAUGUCAGUAUUUAUGAAUCUUCUAUGUAAAAAUAAAUACAACGAUAUGUUAAAUAUAAAUUUCUCAUCAUGUAUAAUAAAGAAAUAUUCGUAUUUUCUCACAAUAUUCAAAAGUAAUGGAAAAUCGAGUGAGAUAACCUCUUGGCAUCGCAAGAGAAAGUUGCAUUCAAUUCAAACCAGUGGUCCGUGGAAUGUAUUAUUUUUCGGGACGGAUAAUUUCGCUCUGGAAAGCUUACGAAGUUUGUAUAACGAAUACAGAACCAAGAAACUAAGCCGAUUAGAAGUUGUAUCCGCAUAUAAAGGAAAAAAGAAUGCUGUUAUACAAUACGCAGAGGAAAAAGGAAUAAAUAUUAAACGAUGGCCUCUUGAAAACAAUCCACAAGAUUUCCAUAUUGGGAUAGUUGUUUCCUUUGGUCAUUUAAUACCAUUGAAUAUUAUAAAUUCCUUUCCACUUGGUAUGUUAAAUAUCCAUGCUAGUCUACUACCACGUUGGAGAGGAGCAGCUCCAAUAAUUUAUUCCUUAAUUAAUGGAGACACACAGACAGGAAUUACAGUCAUGAAAAUAAUGCCAGAAAAGUUUGAUGUCGGGGAAAUAGUAGCACAAGAAAAAUUAGAUAUUCAUGCAGAUGAAACUCUACCAGAAUUACAUAUCAAACUAGCAAAAAUAGGUGCAAAUAUUUUAGUCGAUGUAAUAGGAAAAUUGCCACAAAUAUUAUCAUCUUCGAGACCACAGGAAAAAAUAGGCAUAACGUAUGCACCUAAAAUUACAUCAAAAAUUUCUUUGGUGAAGUGGGAUGAGAUGACGGCGAAAAAUGUGUAUGAUCUGCAUCGCGGUCUCCUAGGAUUGUACCCAUUAACCACAAAGUUUGGUGAUAAGACAAUAAAAUUAUUCGAUGUUCAGCAGACGUCGAAACCGAUUAGUGUAAUAAAUGCGGAGAAUGAUGUACCAGGUUUGGUAAGAUUUGAUCGGAAAAGCAGUGCAUUAAUUGUGACGUGUAAAGGCCCGAGCUGGAUCUCGAUAAAAAAAGUAUCAAUGACAGGUUAUUCACCUAUGAAUGCGAUGGACUUUAGAAAUGGAUUUAUGCAGGGCAAAAUGAAAGAAAAGAUAUUUUUCCAAAGAUUGCUACAAUAUAAAACUACAAAGCAUUAUGAAAAAAUUGGUGAAAGAAACAACAGGAGAAAUAAGUGGCGCGAACUACACUAAGAUUCAAAUAAAUCAUUUUCAAAUAAGUUUGUAAUAAUAAUUUUUUUGUAAAUC